AUGCUGCGGGGAUGCCGGAUCAGUAGGGGAGGAGCCAGUACUGCCCCAGGGGACCGGGGGGGUGGAGGCCACAACGUCAUUGGGCGGGGCUGCAGCAACGGGCGGGACCCCAAAGGGGGGAAAGACCUGUGGGGGUUUCCAUGCGGACCGGUGCGCAUGGGCCAUCUGGCGUGUGCAGCACGGGGCCCCGUCAGCGCAUCAGGACCCCCGCCCGGUGGAGCUUACAACCCAGACGGGACCAUCAGGAAGGGAGGGGUGGUCCUCACCCGUACGCUGUCCCGGGGGUUUCCCAUCCUGGAUCCUUCCACUGCCCCUGAAAAAAGGGUUUUUCAGGAACAGUGCAAAUGCGUGAAAUUUUCAGCUCUACCUCCGGAAGGCCUGAAGGGGAACCAGGACGGGGGGGCGGCGGCGGGACAGCGGCCUGUCUCUGCUACCUACUGGGGCCUGUGCCCCCUCCCGUGCUCCCUCCCCCCUGGUGCUGUCUCUCCCCGGUCUCCCCCCUCCCCGGCUGCUGCCUCCCCCAUGGCUGCUGUGCCCCCUGCAUGGGGGCCCCUCCCGCCCGUGCCCCCCUCCUGGCUGCAGAUGUGUUGGGGCGUGGAUGAGUCCCGGGACCCGGCUGGACAGGGGGGGACAGGGGACAAUAUUUCGGCCCCUUUGGGAGGAACUGCUUCCCCACCCACCCGCAGGGGUGGUCUUUGCCGCAAGAACCCCCAGACAACGGGGGGGGAGGUUCAGGGUCCUAAGAAAGGGGAGGAGUUCCGCGGGGGUGGAGAGCAAGAGGGACUGGCAAGGUUAGGGGUUGACCCCGUCCUGGGGGACCCGCCGAUCAGGCGGGUAUUCUGGGGGCGAGGUCUGCGAAGCCCCCAUGAGUGGUGGAGUGGCCACACCCCCCUGGUCCAGGGAAAGCAAGGGGUGCAGAGGGAAAGGGAUGCGGUGGUCAUGCAGGGGCUGGACUGCCCAGUCGACUGUCUGUGGCGGUGCCCCUCCCACAGCCAAAAACGGGCCCUGUCGCACCCCCCAAAACUGGCCGGUCCAUACACCCGCCACAGCACCGGGGCCAACGGGGAAAGACCAAACCCCCACACACCCGCAGUCGCCCCCCAAAAACCCACAACCCCGCAGUCGCCACCAACCCCAGUCGCCCCACCACCCGCAUGCCACCCCAAAACACACACACCCGCCAAUGUGGGUUGA